AUGUCCGACUCGAUCAAAGCAGACGUGUUCAUCUCUGGCGGAGGUCCCGUUGGCCUCCUUAUUGCAUACUCGCUUGCUCUACAGGGCGUUGAUGCCGUUCUUGUGGAACAGCGCGACAAAACCCAACAAGCAAUGUACGGCCGCGCAACGACCCUGUACCCUCGCACCCUGGAGAUGCUCGACCAGCUUCAGCUCCUGGACGAACUGAACCAAAUCGGGUAUGUGGCGCGGAACAGCAUCACAUACGACAAGGACGGGCGGCGGGUGACGUCCCGGGGAUGGCAUCUCAUGUUUGAGCGCAUGCAUGGGACUUUCUUGGAUUACUGCCUGAACAUCCGGCAGAAGUUCUCGGAAAAUGUGAUUCGCGAUGCGUUUAAGUCUAUUGGGGGCGAGCCUUAUAUUGGGUGGAAGCUGGAGGGGUUUUCGAUUGAUGACGCCGCCGAGGAUGAGUACAAGGUUGUCUCGAACAUAGUGGAAGUGAAUUCGGGGAGGAAAUUGGUCGUGAGAAGUAAAUACAUAGUCGGCGCUGACGGCGGCCACUCCCUGGUCCGUCGACUGGCCAAUAUUCCCCUCGACGGUGACCAGACUGAAUUCAAAUGGGUCCGGAUCGACGGCCGAUUCAAGACCAACAUGCCAGAUUCUGAUCUGGGUUUUGCAUCUAUUGAGUCGGAAAACCACGGCAACGUCCUCUGGGUGCAACUGGACCACGGCGUGAAGCGGAUUGGAUUCGCAUUGACGGAAGAGAUGUUAGCCAAGUAUGAAGGAAAGUUUGGACUAGAGGUAGCCAAGGCGGAGGCUACCAAGUCUAUGGCGCCGUAUUCGUUGCAAUUUGAGUCUAUCGAGUGGUGGACUCUCUAUAGUAUCAGCCAGCGCGUAGCAGAGACUUUCUUCAGCAAUGACCGGAUCCUGCUGGCCGGCGACGCAUGCCACACUCACUCCUCAGGUGCAGCGCAGGGCAUGAACACCGGUAUCCACGAUGCCGUCAAUCUAUCGUGGAAGAUUGGCGGGGCAGUCAAGGGCUGGUACAACGCGUCCAAAGUGCUUGCCACCUAUGACGCCGAACGCCGUCCUGCAGCGCAGCACCUCAUCGACCUCGACAAGACCUUCUCCGCAACCAUCUCUGGCCGGGUUCCAGAGGCGUACAAGAGUCUGGCCCUCGACGCUAACGCGCUUUUCUCCAAAGUAUUCGACGACACGAUCCAGUUCAACAUUGGCCUGGGCAUCAACUACGAUGCGAACAUAAUCAACAAGUCGCCUAAGGCUACCAUGACCACCAGUGGGUGGAGGGCACCAGACGCGUUGGUUUACGCGCCAGGCUCGCGCAUCCCAACUCGUCUCUUUCGAUUAACCAACAACACGGGUGUCUGGUCUGUCAUUGUUUUUGCUGGCCGGCCUGAUAGGACACAGCCAUAUCUUGCCGGGGCUGUGCAGACGUUAGGAGACUUGAGUGCGUCGGUUCCAGAUGGGAUGAUACGAUUCUUUACCCUCGUCUCCCAACCGUAUGGAGGAGGCGACCAAGUUUUUGAUAUCCCCAAGGUUGGCAAGUUGUACUUUGAUUCUGAACGAUCGGCGCAUACGGCCUAUGCGGCUUCUGACACUACGGGUUGUAUUGCUGUUGUCAGGCCGGAUGGGAUCUUAGGCUGUGCAACACGGCUGGAUGAUGUGGAUAGUAUUUCUGGCUACUUUAAAAAGUUUACUACUCUGAAGAAGUAA